CCCGAAAUAUCACACAACCGGAUAUUCAAAAGCAGAUCAAAAGCCGGAAAACCGCAGUCUCACUGAAAAGAGCACACAGCCCUGCGGGAGGGCAAAAGGCACUGAUCGAGAGAUCUCCACACCGGCGACUACAGCAGAAUCGGUGAUCCAUCGAAGCAAUGGCCGAACAUGCUGGUGAACACGAUUCAGUAGUCGAAACUGUGAAGGAGAAGAUCACUGAGAAAUUUCACAGUCACGAUUCUUCCUCCUCAGAUUCCGAUGACGAUAGUAAGGAUAAGAAGCCGCCGUCCAAAGAUAUCAAGGCCAAGAUCUAUCGCCUCUUCGGCCGUGAGAAGCCCGUUCAUAAGGUCCUAGGCGGCGGUAAACCCGCUGAUGUUUUCCUUUGGAGGGAUAAGAAGAUUUCUGCUAGUGUGCUCGGUGUUGUGACAGCAAUUUGGGUGCUUUUUGAAUUGCUUGAAUACUACUUGCUCACUCUAGUUUGCCACAUUCUGAUUCUUGCACUAGCAGUCCUGUUUCUUUGGUCAAAUGCUUCCACCUUCAUUAACAAGUCACCACCACAAUUUCCAGAAGUCAUUCUUCCUGAAGACAUAGUUCUGGGUGUGGCUUCUGCUCUUAGAAUUGAAGUCAAUAGAGCACUUGCUGCCCUACGUGAAAUUGCAUCUGGGAGAGAUUUGAAAAAAUUCCUUGCAGUGAUUGCUGGCUUGUGGGUAUUUUCAAUUCUUGGGAGUUGCUGCAAUUUCCUGACCUUGUUUUACAUAUCAUUCAUUCUGCUGCACACAGUGCCCGUCCUCUAUGAGAAAUAUGAGGAUCAAGUUGAUUCCUUUGCUGAGAAAGCUGAGGCAGAGAUCAAGAAGCAGUAUGCUGUUUUCAACGCCAAGGUAUUGAGCAAAAUUCCAAGAGGUCCCCUGAAAGACAAAAAGUUUGUCUAGACAUGUUGAGGUGGUGAAUGGUGAUGCCAUCCAAUUGAAGUGUUUCUCUACAUGUUGUUGUGACCUGUUACAAUCUUUAGAGCAGAUGCUUACGCGCUCUUAAUAGUUCGAAAGAAUAUGGUAUGGUUGGUAGUUGAGUUCUAAUAUUGUUUUGACACAGCCGUUUCCAUGGAUUGUUCGCUGUGCAUGCUGAGAGUAAAUUAUGUUUUAAAUCGGUUCCCCUUUUAGAUAGUUUUUUUUUUUCUGUUGCUUUAUUAUACUUGGACAAAUGAGUGGCGAAGUUUUGAUCUGUGCUCAUCUUGGGUUCCCUUCCGAAAUGAACCACUUAAAUCUCUUCGCUACCGUUUGGAUGUUCUUGUAUUUUGUGACAUGGGCCGGGGCCCAUGUUUCUUUUCUGGAAGAUGUUUUGAAAAAUAGCCUUGUUUUGCCUUUC